AUGGCGCGAGAAGUCGCAGUAGCGAUGAUGCCCGUGGGGGCAGAGAAAUUACCCGUGGUGGAAGAGCUGGUGGCCGUGGAGGCUGAGGUCGGGGUCAUGGACUACCGGUGGAUUCGGGAGAGAGUGCAGCGCCGAGUGUGGCGACUGCCGGUUCCACAGCAGGCUAUAGGUGUACCUCCAAUGGCUGGGGUGCAGCAGGGAGCUGCAGUAGCUGAGCAUCCAAGGGCUGUAGUUGUUCGUGUUCCGCCUUAUCUAGAGAUGAUGGGGCAGAUGCAGAGGAUAGUGACACCGUUCUUUGAAGGCGGAGUUGGUCCAGAGGAGGCCGACGAGUGGCGUGUGAGACUGCAACUUCCGGUCUAUCAGUUGUCCGGUUGA